UCUUUUCCUUGUAUGCUCUAGUCUAUAAUAACCUAACCCUUUUCCACUAUCAUCAUAUCAUAUAUCUUUCCUUUCCUAAUCUUUCAUCAUCAUUAUCAUGAGUACUCAUCCCUACUUCUCCAAUGACUUCAAUGGUUAUUGGUUUGACCUAAAUAACCCUCCAUUCUAUAAUUUUCCUUAUAGUAACAACAUAUCUUUUGCAUCUUCUCCUUCAUCUCCACCUCCAAGAGAAGCUCUUCCUUUACUUAACCUAAGCCCUACAAAACAUGAAGAUCUUCUAGAAUCUUCCUUUAGUUCCAUGGAAAUGAUGAAUAUGAAGGAGAAAGAACUAAGCAUAUCAUCAAAUUCUUUAGAUGAUGAUGCCGUUACUGUGGCUUUACAUCUAGGGCUUCCAAGUAUAAGUUCAUCUGAUUUAGCUUCUUCAAAUAUUUACAAAGAUGAUGAAAAAGUAGUGACUGUUGAUUCUUCUGAGUGUCCACCAAAUAAAAUUAGUAGGGGUCAGUAUUGGAUCCCUACCCCUGCUCAGAUUCUAAUCGGUCCAACACAGUUUUCAUGCCCUCUUUGUUUCAAGACCUUCAAUAGAUACAACAACAUGCAGAUGCAUAUGUGGGGACAUGGAUCACAAUAUAGAAAGGGACCAGAAUCUCUAAGAGGAACACAACCAACAGCCAUGCUAAGACUCCCAUGUUAUUGUUGUGCACCUGGAUGCAAGAACAACAUUGAUCAUCCAAGAGCAAAACCACUGAAAGAUUUUAGAACACUUCAAACACAUUACAAGAGAAAGCAUGGAAUAAAGCCAUUUAUGUGUAGAAAGUGUUGCAAAGCAUUUGCAGUAAGAGGUGACUGGAGAACUCACGAGAAAAACUGUGGGAAACUUUGGUAUUGUUGUUGUGGGUCCGAUUUUAAGCACAAAAGAUCACUUAAAGAUCAUAUCAAGGCUUUUGGAAAUGGACAUAAAGCUUAUGGAAUUGACGAAUGUCUUGAUCAAGAUGAUGAACAUGGUGGCUCUGAAAUUGAGCAAGAAAAUGAAUCUUUUCAGUCAUAGUUUGAUGUAUGUAUGUUUUAACUAUAAAGACAAGACAGCUAUGGACAUGUUUUGCACUAAUUACAUUGGUGACUAAGACUAGUAGUAUGACUAAAUUUAUUUUGUCUUCUUUAUUAAUUUCCUUUUUGUCUUUGUAUUUGCAAUAUAUACUCAGAUAUGUUGUGGCAAAUUUUGGAUUGAUAUCUCUCCCUCUCUCUCCUUAA